GUUACACAGCGCUCGAGGACCGCAGUGGCACGAGCUGGAACAUUUCACAGAAGAAAAGAUGGCGGAUUACGAGCAUAACAGAAGAGGUGGCACCGACGACGGAGGGCCGCAGGAGGAGGGGGACAGAGUGAAAACUAAGACUGUCUCUUGUAGCACUGUGGGAGGAGAGGGGACCGCAGUCAAACGCACAUCCGAGCACCUCGCGCCCGAAGAGGAGGACGAUUCCUCAGAGGACCCACCAGCGCCCCGCAAAGUCUCCAAGAUAGGCUUUAGCAUGAGCAGCCAGAUGGGGAAGAAGCCCAACCCCAUAUCGAUCAAACUUGGAGCGACAAAACCCAAAGAGCCCGCACCGUCAGUUCCUCCAAAAAAGUCAGGGCUGGCAUCUGUUUUUAACGAGGAUGAUGAUGACAGUGAACCUGAGGAGAUGCCCCCAGAAGCAAAGAUGAGGAUGAAGAACAUUGGCAGGGAGACACCAACAUCUGCAGGUCCUAAUUCCUUCAACAAGGGCAAGCAGGGUUUCUCUGAUCAUCAAAAACUUUGGGAGAGGAAGAUGAAGGCCCAAUCAGACAAUUUGUAAAUGACAACUACGGUCUUUGUCCCGAAUGGAUGCUUUUUGUAUAGUUUAAUCCAUGACAGAUAUCUAUGAAGGCUCAAAUGAUUCUUCAUUGUACCCUCUGUUUUGACAACCUCUCCGCUUUGUGGACAUGCAAUGAGGAAUACUUUAAGUCUUCGAUACUCAGUGACUGAACUCAAGUUUACGUUUCUAACCACUACCUGCUGAGAUGAGAUGUACGAGUAUGCCAACCCUCUGUGAUGAGAGUUGGGGAGGGGAUGGAGAUAUGGGACACACAAAAUAUCCAGAAUAUUGAUUUAAACUGUGUAGACUUAUACAGUUGUUUUCAGCUGGAAAAAGAAAUCUAGCCUCGUAGAGCCCUCAUUCCCCUUUCGUGACAUGCUUGUUCCUGUCUGAAGCUGGUCGGGUAUGGUCCUGAGCAAGUGUCGCUUUGUCAAAUAUUUGUAUAAAAACGUACAUAGAACUGUGAUAAUGUUUUAUUUUUAAAUCCACAAAUGGGAGUGUGUCUUUAAGAGUUGUGUUGUUGUGCGCGUGCGGUUCGGACUCGACGUACAGAUGGAGUGUUGUGUUUCCUUUAGUUUCUCAACAUCAAUGUUCAACCCUUUGUUUUCACCAGCUGUGCCAUCUCACGGGCACUUUGUUUUGUUUGAGCUUUGUGCCAGUGUUUCUAGUUUUGCUUACUCAAUGCUGUAUUCCAGUCAACUUUACAGAAUCUUUUCGUUUUUGUUUAUGUUCACAACGAAAGGACUGCUAAUGUGUUUUUAGUUGGGAACUGUGUGAAGUUACUAGGGUGCUGGUAACUGUCAUAUUUAAGGGACAGUUCACCCCAACAUAAAAAUAGAUAUCAAUUCUUCCACAUACCUGUAGUGCUAAUAAUCAAUCUAGAUUGUUUUGGUGCGAGUGGUCUAGUUUUGGAGACGGUGGCAGUAGAAUCGUCUGCCUGUUCUCUAAUAAAGCGUGACUAUGGCACUCGGCUUGCGCCAAAAAAAUACAUUAAAAAAAAGCUCUGCAGCGAUGUCUUUUUCAAGAGCUCAUGACACAGGAACUCAAGCUAUUCCACAGACCUUGUUGUCUGCUUCCAGGGUCAUGAUUUCUGGAAAGAGACUUUGCUGCUGAGUUUUUAAAAUGUGGCUCUUUGGCCACCACAAGUGCCAUAUGCUUCCAUUUUGUUUUUUUCUUAAUGGGGCAGACAUCUUUACAGUAUCUCCUACACAACUCCCACCAAAGCAAUAUAGAUUGAUACAUAUUUUACAGGUUAAAAAACCCACAAACUAUCUUUUUUUAGUUUGGGGCCAGGGAACUGUCCCUUUAAAUGAUUUCUGGCAGGUUAGCAAUAAUAAGGCUCUCAAAACGUGUCAUUGCCACUUUUCAGAAAACACAAACUUUGGAAAUAUUACACUAAUACUUUUAGUUCAGAUAAAUGUGGCUACUUCUCCGGGGCCUGACUUUUGGAACAUUUACUUAAUCAAAAAAUAAACUCCUCUGUGGGUUAUCUGACUGCUGUGCUUUUCCAAAUUAAUCACAUUCAGCGCUGUGACCCGUUUCAUCAAACAAAUCUCUUCAUUACAUAUUUAAGUCAGUCAAAUAAAAAGUUUGAAUGA